AUGGUUCUUGUCGGACCGUCUCCCGCCUUGCUGGCCGUUAUCGGUUCGAGGUUUCAAUGCUUCGCUUGCUCGUCCUCUACGGUGCUUCCUUCGUCACAACAUCGUUCCAAUCUCCCCAAGGAAUCCUCCCUGCAUCGUACCGUCGCGCCAUUUACGCCUUCUGUGGAAGCUGAUCCCGAGCUGAACGUACCUGCUCUCUCCGAAAGUGUGCGAGCUCGCGGACUCUUUACUCAGUUCCCCGAAACUCUUCUCAGUACAUUGGAGUUGUCACCUAACCUACGCCUUCAAUUUCUGUCACGCCUCCUACGACUGCCCAACAAACUGCGUCCUGAAUUGGUGGUAUGUAAGACUUCCCUCGCCCUCUUUGUGCGCCCUCCGUUUGCGUUUCCCUCCUGGUGUUUUUUCAACUUUUGA